UUUGUAUAGACAGUUUUGCAAUUCCACUGUAUCUCGAGCUGUAUCAAGAUGUCAUUAAGUCGUGAUGAAAUUUUACUAUUAUUUGACAUAGAUAACACUUUAACGUUACCUAGAGAAGCUAUCUGUGAUAAGUUUGAGUCGUUCUUGUUGACAAAAAUCAAGCCAUUGGCUACAUUGGGGAUUGUGACUGGUGCUGAUCUCGAGAAAAUCUAUCAACAGAUGAAUGGGAAGCAGGUUCUUAAGGAAUUUGAGUUUGUUUUUCCAGAAAACGGAAUUGUUCAUAUUGAGAAUGGCUGUGAGGUCCAAAAGUCAUCAUUUAGCGAGAAGCUAGGUGAGGAAGUGCUGACUGACUUCAUCAAUUUCACUCUUCGUUAUAUUGCUGAUUUAAAGCUUCCAUUUAAAAGAGGAACUUUUAUUGAGUAUAGAAAUGGAAUGAUGAAUAUAGCACCAACAGGUAGACAAUGCUCAAAAGAGGAACGAAAGAUAUUCCAUGAAUAUGACAAUCAACAUCAAGUCCGGACGAACAUGAUUAGAGAUUUGAAAGAAAAGUUUAUUGAUCUUGACCUUGAGUAUGCGAUUGGAGGACAAAUUAGUUUUGAUGUCUAUCCAAAAGGCUGGAAUAAAUCAUUUUGCCUUUCACGACUUCCAAGUGAUAAAUUUAAAGAAAUUCACUUUUUUGGUGAUCAGACGAAGCCCGGUGGAAAUGAUUAUGAGAUUUAUGAGCAUCCAAUGACAAUUGGUCAUCAUGUGAAUAGCUACAAAGAUACUGAAAGAAUUUUGAAGGAAAUGUUCCAAUUAGACUGAUUUAGGUUUAAGCUUGAAAAACAUUUGAAGGGUUUUAAUGGUAGUUGUAAACCAUACAACAGCUAAUACAAUUCAAAUUUUUCUAGAACCGUAUCAAAUGAAAACAAUACAAAUUCAAUUCCAAAACCUUUCAAUAGUCAACUCAAAACAUUUGUAAGGUUUUUCG